GUAACAGCUGUUGUGUGGGAUCACGAGUCAAGAGCUCCGGAUCAUUAUAAACACACUCUCUUCAUCUUUUGGAGGGUAAUUCAGGAAAAAAGCGAUGGCCCGUACACUUAACAGCAAAGAGUAUCUGUCAGUCAAGGACCUGGAGAAAGUUCUGGACUCGUGUAAAUUAAACUUGCACCAAAUCGAUGAGGUCUGGCCAAACCUGUACAUCGGGAACGUAGGAAUAGCACAGAACCGAAGCGCCCUGCAGAAACUGGGCAUCACUCACAUUCUGAACGCCGCUCACAGCAAGAGUGGAAGCAUCGGGGACCAGAACUACUACGGCACUAGUUUAGUGUACUGUGGGAUCCCCGCUGAAGACUCCACAUACUUCGAUCUGGACGUUUACUUCAAACCAGCAGCAGAAUUCAUUCAUAAAGCCCUUCACACUCCUGACGGAAAAGUUCUGGUGCACUGCAUCAUGGGAAUGAGCCGCUCCUCGUCGCUGGUGCUGGCGUACCUGAUGCUCUAUCACAACAUGCCUCUGCACGCGGCCAUACGGCUCACCAUCCAGAAACGAGCCAUCUAUCCCAACAGGAACUUCCUGGCUCUGCUCCUGGACCUGGACCUGCAGAGGAAGAGGAAACACAGACGAUGUGUGCUGCUCUGAGCAAACAUGAUGAACGAUCA